CUCUCUCUCUCUCUCUCUCUCGGCUUACAGUAUACACCUAUCUAUCAUCCACAAGCAUCAGCAGUGUCUCUAUCACUCGAUACGAGCGCUACUACGGCGCAAAGCAUGGCAUCUCUGCGCCCCGAAGAACCUAUCUCCGCCUUUACUAAUCUCUGCCUCUUUCUGUUGACCGCCUCGGCCUGGAUGGCAUUGCCGGGACCCGUGCGCUGUGACAGCGGGGCUUUAAACCAGCGCGGCGGGGAGGACCGUACGUUUGGCAUAGGCGGCGGAGACGGAGGCUCCCCGCCGGGUUUACCGACGGUCGGUGACGAGGAAGCCGUCGGCGCGAAGAGCUCACCCCGCUUCAGGAGAGCGCUGUCCCGGGAAAAACAAAUGUCCCUGCUCAGCAGCUCGUUCGUGCUCAAAGGGGAUGCGACCCACAACCAGGCGAUGGUCCACUGGACAGGAGAGAACAGCAGCGUCAUCUUGAUCCUGACCAAGUACUACCACGCUGACUCCACCAAGGUGCUGGAGAGCUCACUGUGGAGGUCUGCUGACUAUGGCACGACCUACACCAAACUCAACCUGAUGCCAGGAACUACCAUCGUGGUGACCAGCUUCUACAUCUGCCCGACCAACAAGAAAAAGGUAGUGCUGGUAGGUUCAUCCAUAAAUGAAAGGGAUCAGAUGCUGUUUAUCAGCACCGACGAAGGUUCCUCCUUCCAGCGACAGUCCAUCUCCUUCACCCCAGACACGCUCAUCUUCCACCCCAAGGAAGAAGACAAGCUCCUGGCCUACUGCAAGGAGGGCAGGCUCUUUGCUUCCACAGACCUGGGCCGCAAGUGGACUUUGCUUCAGGAGCGGGUGACCAAGGACAGAGUCUUCUGGUCAGUUUCUGGUGUGGAUGUGGACCCUGAUCUGGUGCACAUGGAAAUGCAAGAUACGAGUGGAGGUUACCUGUAUGUUACCUGUCUCAUCCAGAACUGUUCGGACAAAAUGGUGACGGCUCAGUUCCUCGGCAAAAUCGACCACAACUCGCUGCUGGUGCAGGACGACUACAUAUUUGUCAAGGUCACCACAGGGAAUCGCACCAAGCACUACGUGUCCUAUCGGCGCAAUGAGUUCGUGCAGAUGAGGUUUCCCAAGUACGCCUUGCCAAAGGAUGUUCAGAUAGUGAGUACGGACGAGAACCAGGUCUUCCUCGCCCUCCAGGAGUGGUACCAGUCAGACACAUAUAACCUGUACCAGUCGGACCCCCAGGGCGUCUACUACUCCAUCGUCCUGGAAAAUGUUCGCAGUACCAAGCAGCCAGAGGAGAAUGUCCUCAUCGACAUACUUGAGGUACGUGGAAUCAAAGGAGUCUUCCUGGCCAAUCAGAAGAUCAAUGGCAAAGUGACAACUCUCAUCACCUAUAACAAAGGACGAGACUGGGAACCUUUGGCCCCACCUACUACUGACAUGAAUGGCAAGCCAAUCAGCUGCAAAGCGCCGGACUGUCACCUCCACCUCCACCUGCGCUGGGCGGACAACCCCUACGUCUCUGGGACUGUCCACACCAAAGACUCUACUCCAGGUCUCAUCAUGGGUGCUGGUAACCUUGGCUCCAAGCUAGUAGAGUAUAAGGAAGAGAUGUACAUCACUUCAGACUGCGGGAAGACGUGGAGACAGGUUUUCGAGGAGGAGCAUCACAUCCUGUACCUGGACCACGGUGGGGUCAUUGUUGCCAUCAAGGACACCUCUAUUCCCCUCAAGAUACUCAAGUUUAGUAUCGAUGAAGGAUGGACGUGGACUGUUCACAACUUCACCAGCACCUCUGUGUUUGUCGAUGGACUCCUGAGUGAGCCAGGAGACGAGACCCUGGUUAUGACUGUGUUCGGCCACAUCAGCUACAGGUCAGACUGGGAGCUGGUCAAAGUAGACUUCAGGCAGUCUUUUCCCCGUCAGUGUACUGAGUCUGACUACGACUCCUGGCAGCUCACAGACCUGCAGGGAGAGAAGUGCAUUAUGGGCCAGGAGCGGAGUUUCAGGAAAAGGAAGGACACCGCGUUCUGUAUCAAAGGGAAAAGCUACACCUCAGCUCUCACCACCAAACCCUGUCACUGCACCGAGAAAGACUUCAACUGUGACUAUGGUUUUGAACGGUCCCACAUGGAGGGCAAUCGCUGCUUCGCUGACUUCUGGCACGAUCCAGAUUCACCACCUGAAGACUGCCAUCUAGGACAAACCUACGAGUCCAGCACUGGCUACAGGAAGGUGAUAUCUAACAUGUGUGAAGGAGGGCCAAACAAGCAGCAGAGUGGCAAACAGCACAACUGCCCUCUGCUGCCCCCUAAAGGACUACAGGUCGGCAUCAAAGGGCAGAUGUUGGCCGUGGCGCCUGGUGAUGACAUCACAUUCAUUGUCCACCAGGAACAGGGCGACACCAGCAACACCAAGUACCAGGUGGACCUCGGUGACGGGGUUCGAGCCAUCUACCAGAACCUGACAGUGACGGAUGAGCCCAUCCAGCAUCGCUACGAAAAUUCAGGCGUUUACAAGGUCACGGUGAAGGCUGAGAACAUGGCGGGGCACGACGAGGCCACCAUGUACAUCCAGGUCACAGCCCCCCUACAGGAAGUGCACCUGGAAGUGGUUCCCAUCGCUGGGAGAAACCAUGAGGUCAAUCUGACAGCCGUAGUUCUUCCCACUGAGGCCAACCUGACCGUCUUCUACUGGUGGAUAGGAGACAACCUGCAACCUACACUGACUCUGCAGAACAGCCUUCUGACUCGUUUCCCAGAGACAGGAGAGGUUUCAGUCACCGUGCAGGCUUCCAACGGCCGGUCCAUGGUGCAGGAUACCAGGACAGUCCGCGUCUACGAUAACUUCCAGGUUAUCCCUCUGAGCUUCAGCACGGACCUGGACCGCUUCAACCCAAACAUCCCAGAGUGGAGAGAGGACAUUGGCCAGGUGGUCAACAAAAUACUCACUAAGAUCACAGGUGUCCCUCAGGAGUCCUUGGUUACAGUGGUGAAGUCGGGCCUCCCCACCACUGCUGACCUGUACGUCCUCCCACUGGACAGCAAACCAGCCAAGAAGAGCGUAUUUGUUGAUAAGCGUAUUCCAGCCAUCAUGCAGGCCUUCAACGACAAUAAUGUCAGCUUCGUGGUGCGAGGAGGUCUACAAGUGCUGGUGAUGCUAGCUGACCCAAACGCAGGGCAAGGUCUAAUUUCUAAUGACUCAACAGCUGCAGCAGCAGAGACUGGCUACCAUGGAGCUGCCGGCAGUCCAGGGGUUUGGGCUCUAGCGGUCAUUUUCCUAAUCAGCAUCAUCGCCACCGGCUCCUUCAUCCUCUACAAGUUCAAAAGUCCUUGGCUUAGGACUGAGGAUGCCUAUCCCCCGCUGUUUUUCAGGAAGCUUCCGGGCAGUCGCAACGUCUACGCCCAGAUGCACAACGAGAAGGAGCAGGAGAUGACCAGCCCUGUCAAUCACAGCGAGGACACCCAGCACAUCAUCCAGGGCGAGGAGUUCAUCGACGACGACCUGGACUCGCAGACUCUAGGUAACGCUGGAGGUAGCCCCGCCUUCCGUUCCCUUAUAAGGACUACCACUAACCACUGCUACUAAAACCCAAGCCACUAACACCAGCAGCUAACACACACCAAGGCAACCAUUCAGGUGUGGUCCUGAGCAUCAACUCCAGAGAACUACACAGUUACCUGACCAGCUGAUGGCUGCCUUGGCAACGCUAACGAGCUAGCCUAGCCUAGCUGGCUAAUGAGCACAGGGACUCCACUCUGCCUUCCUCCUUCUCUCUCCUCUCCUUUUCCGUCUCCUCUUUCUCGGACACUUCACCUCCACUCCAUGGGCUCCUCAACCCUUCAGCUCCAGCUGUGGUGUGAUUUUUUUGGGGGUAGGCAUUAUGCUUUACCUAAUGUAUUUUACAUCAUUGCAAGCCCCCGUCCCCUCUUCACUUCCCACACCGGCCCUGGAGACCUGCACUGACACCCGGUGAGGAUGGAGGACACUCACUCUCAUCUGUGUUUUGAAAAAAAAAAUCUGUUGUCUGUCACUUCUAGAUGCUCAAAUUCACGGUCAGAGAGGGUUGAGCCAUCCACGUAGCCACUGAAGGCGGUUAGAGGCCAAAGGCCGGUGUGCUAAGAUCGUUUCCAAGCACGAAGGGUAGUGUGCAUUAAGGUAGUGAAGUCCAUUUGAAGAAAAAUAUAUUUUUACUCUUCCACCCUCUUUUAUUCUCUCUAUGUUUCUCACAAUUACUAGACACUCUCUUCACAGGCAAUAAUAUUCUCUCAAUGAAAUGUAGGAUAGGAUAAACCCUUGUGAAUUUGCAUAAGACAAUGCAUGCAAACACAAGAGGGCAGUGUUGCACUUUCUUAAAUUCCCACUCACAGGUACUUAGAGAGCUCAGCUUCUUUGGAAUAUACUGUACAGCAUUGUUCAUUUUUAAAAAUCCCACUACAUUCAUAUCCUUGUAUUCUUGUUCAUAACUCACACAUUUACAUAAGUUUGUUGUGUGGUGUUUAAAAACAGCACCACCUUUGUAGGAGCUCAUCGUCUGUCCCAUGGUGCCUAAAACAGCAGAUGUUAAUCUGCUCAGUGACAUUACCUGUUGUUGAGUUUAUUUAUUUCUAAUAACGGUACGCCCCUUCCUCCUCCCCACACUUUCUGGGUCAGAGGUCAAAGCGGACUCGUUCCCCUGGAGACAAAGUUCGCCGUCAUGGAGGGAAGGUGUAGUUGAUAUAUUUUACUGUAUCAGCCUAUAUUAGGCGUAGCCCACGGUGGAAUCAUGUCUCCUUAAAGGUCUGGUUUGUUGUCUGUAAAUGUGUAAAUAUGAACAAUCUCCACUUUGUACAUAUUCCCUUUGACAUGCGUGUGAGUGUUUUACACUAUUACCAAAAUACACAGCAAAUAGUUUUUGGAGUGACCCUUCACUGAGUUUCCUGAAUUUGGAAAAUUCUCACUGUUUCCAGUUUCCGCAACGACAUUGCCUGCUUCACAUGUAACCAUCUUCGAUACUUUCAGCGUAAUCUCAUGAGUAAGAUAAUUUUAUGAUCUUCAUCGUUAACUGGAAAUAAUUUCAUUGUCUUAUAAAGAUACUCACAACUACACAGUGAUGACUAUGGAUAUGGAUAUUUUUGAUACACUUGUCAGUUUUUCUCAGUACGUGUAAACACUGGUUAUUGUUUCUGUUGCCUUUUGCUGAAGUCUUUUUGUUUGUUUGAUUGCACUAAUGAUUUAAGCAGUGCUGUCGACACGUACGGGACAGCAGCUGAACAAGUCUAUAGACUCUGAAUCAAAAGGUCUUUGGAUGAAAGGCCUUUACAGACUACCAAUGCUACCAUUACACUAAGAUGUUGGUUCGUCUUGUAUUUGAUACAAACAGCAGAUCACAUUCUGAUUUACACCUUAAUUCAUCUUUUGUACAUAUUCUGCUCAUGUUCUACUUGUUCUUAGUUUUCUAGUGAUGUGUCGUCAUUGUAACAAUGUCCCCUUUAACAAAGGGGAAAGUGGGAAUUGCGAUAUUCCAAUAUAAUAGUGAAGGAGUUUCACAGCCGAUGGCACCGACCUUGUAAUUUUGACCACACUGUUUUUCUUUCUUCUUUUCCUCUUUCUGCUGGUUUGUUUGAUCUGUUGAUUUUGCUAUUAAAAACAAUUGUGUCCUCACCAGGAAGCGUACUGCACUCAAUCUGCAUCCUGGAAUAAAUCACUCCCAUAACUCGUA